GCUGCUCCCGCGAUGUGAUUCAAGUGGAGAAAGGAUAAAGUGUCCAAACACAGAGAAAAACUCCUGCUGAAGCGACUGAUCUCCACACUGAUAUAAAGAUGGCGUUUAUUAAAGAGGAGAGUGAAGAUGUGAAGAUUGAAGAAACAUUCAGAGUCAAACAUGAAGAUCUGCAGGAACAAACAGACCUAAUUGAAGAAAAUGAGGGAAGUAAAGUGGAGGAUCAUCAUGUAAAAAUUGAGGAAAAAACUCAUUUACAGACUGAUGGUAUUUUAAAAAGGAGAGACAAGAAUCAUUUCACCUGCACUCAGUGUGGAAAGAGUUUUGGAAGAAAAGGCAGUCUUAAGAUUCACAUGAUGAUCCACACUGGAGAAAAACCAUUCGCAUGCACUCAGUGUGGAAUGAGUUUCAUCCAAUCAUCACACCUUAAUAAUCACAUGAAAAUCCACACUGGAGAGAAACCAUUCGCAUGCACUCAUUGUGCGAAGAGUUUUAGCAUAUCGUCAUCCCUUAUUCUACACAUGAGGAUCCACACUGGAGAGAAACCUUUCACAUGCACUCAGUGUGAGAAGAGUUUUAGCUGCUCAUCACACCUUAAUCAACACAUGAGGAUCCACACAGGAGAGAAACCAUUCACAUGCACGCAUUGUGGGAAGAGCUUCAGCCAAUCAUCAUCUCUUAAUCUACACAUGAGAAUCCACACUGGAGAGAAACCAUUCACAUGCACUCAGUGUGGGAAGAGUUUCAGCCAAUUAUCAUCUCUUAAUCAACACAUGUGGAUCCACACUGGAGAGAAACCAUUCACAUGCCCUCAGUGUGGGAAGAGUUUCAUCCGCUCAUCAUCCCUUAAUCAACACAUGACGAUCCACACUGGAGAGAAACCAUUCACAUGCACUCAGUGUGGGAAGAGUUUCAGCCAAUCAACACACCUUGAUGAACACAUGAAGAUCCACACAGGAGAGAAACCAUUCACAUGCACUCAGUGUGGGAAGAGUUUCAGCCGAUCAUCAUCCCUUAAUAAACACAUGAAGAUCCACACUGGAGAGAAACCAUUCACUUGCACUUAAGCCGCGGUCACACUAGACUUUUCUCCCCAUAGACUUCCAUUCAUACACACGCGAAUACAUCAGACCGGAAACCUAGUUUGUGCAUCAAGUUUCGCAGUUCACUGCCCUGCAAAGUUCAAGCUUGGUGAACUGUGACCUGGGAAAUCGCAUCACUUGACUUUUUGAGACCAAUCAAAGAUCAAAACAUGGACUCUCUGGAUGGAAAUGUAAAAUAUGUAAUGUAAAAUCAUCCAGUUUAAUCCCGCCCCUUUUCGCAGCGCCAUACAGCAGAAUUUCGCAUGCUCAAAGUCUAGUUUCGUUGUGGGAUGAGUUUCAGCAACUCCUCAGACCUUCAUAAACUCAUGAAGACCCACCCUGGAGAGAAGCCAUUCACAUUCAUUUAGUGCGGGAAGAGUUUCAACUGAUCAGCAAACCUUAAUGAACACAUGAAGAUCCACAUUGAUGUGGAGUAUAUGUGCUUGAGUGUGAGAAGACUUUUAUUUCAGCUCCAAAAUUGAAACUGCACCAUGCGAUUCACACUGGAGAGACCGUACAAGUGUUCACACUGUGACAAGAGGUUUAAUCAUUUAACACAUCUGAAAACAGAGAAGGAUUCACACUGGAGAGAAACUGUACAGAUCUGAUCAGUGUCUACAGAGUUUCGCUCAUUUGGCGCAGCUUAAGAAACACAUUGACAAAAAGUUGCACACAUGAUAUGAAUGCAGAAAAACAAUGAAUGAAUUGGCAGCGUCAGCUUGCACACCUGAUGCUUGUUGCAAUCAAUUUGGCAAUAAAAGCACAGCGAAAGCAAGAUGAGGCGUCCUUUUUGCUUCAGACACUUCUACAGCCUUCUGAGAGAGUCAAUGAGGGUUCCUCCUGCUGAUAUCCAGCGAUUUCGAGCGAACGAGAAUGGUCUCCCGGUCCAGAGUGUGUACAUGUGGUGGCAGACGGUUGAGCUGGGCUUCUCCCAUGCCUGGCGUUCUUGGGGUCCGGUCCUCCAGAGCGGUGCGUACAAAGUUGCAAAUUUCCUAAAAGAGCAACACAGUCGUGCAGCACGUCUUUUUCAGGAUGACGCUCCGACCGCGCGUUUCUGGAUGCGGUGGUUUCCUGUCCCUGGAUGAUGGGCACGAGCACUGCGCUGCAUGUCUGGGGGUCCAGCAUAUUAAUGCGGUGUUCGCGGGCAGUUCAUGUCGUCAUUGCAAUGCCAUGUCUGUUGUGCAGUUAAGAUCGCGGCUAGCCUUUGCAAAAGGGCGAACCACCCCAUCUGUCCCCUGCACUGCAGCGGGCACUCUGGCAGGUCUGAGGUUUCCAGUGGGAGAUUUUCUGUCGCCUUCGGGCCCGCUGACCUCUCGCUCCUCCAAGCGCUCCAUCCAAGCUUCGAGCAGAGGAAGCGAUCCGUCUAACCAGAUGGUAGCCCUUACGCUCGAUGACACCGGGGACCAGACGUCCACUGCUGCAUCGGAGGGUGGGCUUUCAUUGUCCGACGAGGAUCCAGACCCGCUCGCCCCCCCGGGUAGGUGAGCGCUGUCAAAACGGAUCCUGAAACGGACAUCUUAGCAAUGCUUUCUCGGGCUGCUUCGGCCUUGGGGUUGGAGAUGGUUUAUCCCCCAGCUCCGCGGCCGGACUGACUAGAUGGGUGCUACGUAGAGGACAAGAGGGCCAAGCCUUCGAAGCCUUGAAGCCUUCUUCCCGGAGGUGCACAGUAGGCUCAGGCAGUCCUGGAGGGCACUUUUUUCUGCCCGUGUUGCGUGUCCCUCCGCCCUCACCAAUCUUGACGGUGGAGCUGCCAGGGGGUAUGAGGCAAUUCCUCAGGUCGAGCGCAUCAUUGCGGUCAAACUUUGUCCGCUUGGUGUCUCUUCUUGGUGGCGUCCGCCUUGUCUCUCGUCUAAAGCCUGUAGGUUAUCUGCCUUCCUCGGAGCUAUAGCUUACAAGGCUGCAGGCUAGGAUGCUUCCGCCUUGCAUGCUAUGACCACCUACCAACACUACCAAGCGCAGACGCUGGCCCAGCUGCACGAGGUUGGGUCCGACCCAAGCUUGCUACACGAGCUCCGCACCGCAACCGACUAUGCUCUUCAAACCACUAAGUCCGCUGCGUGUGCGUUGGGGAGGACGAUGUCCACAUUAGUGGUCCAGAAGCGCCACCUCUGGCUAAACCUGGCUGAUAUGCGCGAAGUCAACAAAGUCCGCUUUCUUGACUCCUCCAUACCCCAGGCUGGCCUGUUCGGCGACACCGUUGGUGAAUUCACCCAGAAAUUCAAGGCGGUGAGAGAGCAGUCUGGUGCGAUGGGUAAUGUCAUCUAUCGGCGGGACUGUUAGCCCGCUCCGUCCGCCGAGCCAUCCCCAUCUGCUGCUCCUCACAGAGGGCGCCCGCCUACAAGAGCUGCCCCACCUGCGCCUCCAGCAAAUCGGGCGCGUCGAGCACCUCGGAAACAGGCAUCCACCCUGCUUAGGGUGCCGUUAAGUCCGGUAAACGGACCGCGAAGCGUCCCUGAGACAGGUCAUCCGGAGAAGAGGGAAUUUGCUCUUUCCCGCUGGAGGGCCGGGUCCCCUUUCCAACGGCACUUUUCAGUGCCACGCAAACAUCAAUGAAAGAGCACUUUUCCACUUCCCCGGAUGUGACAGCCAGAACUCUGCCAGUCUAGGACGCUAUGCCUUCUAACUCUUUAGCGCCUUAGCGCGCCUUAGGCUCGCGGGCUUCUGCAUACUCAGUUAUCUCGACGACUGGCUGAUUUUAGCCCACUCUCUGGAGCAAUUGAUUAUGCACACAGACAAGGUGCUCUGGCUCCUCCACCUGUUGGGGCUUCAGGUCAACCGAGAAAAGAGCAAACUCGCCCCCGUACAGAGGAUCCCUUUUCUCGGGCUGGAGCUGGACUCUGUGACAGCAAAUGCUGAACUGUCUGAGAGAGUUCGACAGCAAAAUAGUGGUCCCACUGAAAUUAUUUCAGAGUCUCCUGGGGGAUAUGGCAGCCGCUGUCACGCCGCUCUGAAUACUCCAUAUGAGACCACUUCAGGACUGACUUCACGAUUGAGUCCCCAGACACGCAUGGCAUGUGGGCACACACUGAGACACUGUUACUGCGCUGUGUCGCCCUAGCCCUUGGAACAACCCCUCGUUCCUACAGGCCAGAGUGCCUCCAGGACAGACAUCCAGUCAUGUUGUUCCAGCACGGGCUGGGGGGCUGUGUGUUGCGGGCAUGCAGCUGUGGGCCUGUGGAAAGGAACCCAGUUGCAUUGGCAUAUCAAUCGCCUAGAGCUGUUGGCAGUGUUCCUUGCUCUCCACCGUUUUUUUUCGGUGCUGGAGCAGCGGCAUGUGCUUGUCACGACGGACAGCACAAAACAAAGGUUGGCCCACUGGAUAGUGGAUGCCAUCUCUCUUGCUUACCUGAGCCUGGGUGAGCCGUGUCCCCCAGGAGUGCGUGCGCACUCCACUCGGAGCAUUGCAUCCUCUUGGGCGCGUGCACGCGUCACCUCUCUAACAGACAUCUGUAGAGCUGCGGGCUGGGCGACACCUAAUACAUUUGCAAGGUUUUACAAUCUGCGAGUGGAGCCGGUUUCCUCAAGGGUAUUAGGUAACCCUUGGUGAUUGAGGAAACGACUCUGUUAAGGUGUUGAAACACGCUUGAUGCGCCAUUCUCCCUAACACAGAGAUACGUGCGCUUAUUCACUCUGUCAGUAAAGUUCCCCGCUUAGGUGAACCCUGCAGAUUCCUCCAAGGCCCCCAGCACUGACUCAGUGGAGGAGUCACUCGCUGGCCCAUUACAUUGUAGGUCUUCCCUCUGGUCAGCCCGCGUUUUGGGUAUAGGUGCCCGCUAUGCGUGAUCCCCACUAGUCGAUCCCAUAUGCUUAUUCAGCCACGACGCAGUCCCCCACUCACAGGCAGACCAGUUUCUUCCCUCUCUGGUAAUCAUCUUAUUAUAUGCGUACUCCCCCUUCUCAGGGCUAGUCCAUAUAUUCUGCCAUCAUCUGCCCAUUUGGGUAGCAAGUGGCCUCCGCAGCAUCCUCCCCUUCAGGACUGCACGCUUUCCCAACGUACUGUCGUAUUAAAUUCCUAGAAUUAUCUAGACACUUACGGCUUCUGAAAAAUAUAUAUCAAAAUCCGUAAAUCUUCUUUGAAGUGGGAUAAGUAAGGGCCAGGGAUCACGUUGGAAGACCGCGUCUCUCUAUGAUGCAGGUGCGCUCACGCUAUGCCUGGAUAUCCUAUCAUCGGAGGGGAAGGUAAGUUGCAGUUAUUAUAGCGUUUUCCAGACAUUUCCCCAUACGUGGCUUAAAAAUCCACUAUAGCAUUGAAGUUCCCCAUCUAAAGGGGAGCGCUCUGGUUACUGAAGUAACCUCGGGGAAUGGAAAUGCUAUAUUGCAUCGCCAUAAUGAUUGUUCCUUAGCUGUAGAUAUCAGUCUCUUCGGCUUAAAAAGGAUGCCUCAUCUUGCUUUCGCUGUGGUUUUAUGCUAAAUUAAUUUCAACAAGCAUCAGGUGUGCAAGCUGACACUGCCAAUUCCUUUGGCAUUUCAUUGGCCCGUUUACAUACUCUUUCAGAUGAUUGGCUUUCUGAAUGAAAUCCCCAUACAUGGAUUAAAAAUCCCCUAUAGCAUUUCCAUUCCCCUCCCCGGGGAUUGAGGGUUACUUUAGUAAUCAGAGCAUUUUCCAACACUCCUACACUGCAGUAGGUGGGGUUGUAAAUGUGUUGCGCUCCUUGCAUUUACCAUAAACAUGGCUGAGAGAAGAACAGUUUCAUAAACAUCUGGCAAACAGCACCUAUGCAGCUUAAAAUCUCUUUGCAAGUGAUUGAACGGGUGCGGAUACAUCUCUACUCCACUCUCCAGUGUAUUUGUGUAGCUAGUAUUGUUUUGGAGUAUAUUCUCUGUCUGACUCCCUGAAUGAGAAACAAAUCACUGGCAUGACACCACACGACAGAAAAGGUGGAGCUCCAGGAUGGUUAGUUUGCAGUAUACCAGGGCCUCAAGUUAAGAAAGCCCAUUCAAUUGUCCUGUGUUGCAUCUUUUAUUGGUAACGUUUCUUUAUUUAUGGGUUCAAGAUUAUUUCUAGUUUACUACAUUUACUUUUUUGAGUAAAAUACAAACUUGAUGAAUAUUUUAUGAUUUAGGCAGAGCAACAGGUAUGAAGUUUUACAAUAUUAAUACACUGUGAUUAUCCCAAGACUACAGAUUAUGGUAAAUACUGAUUUGAUGCCUGCAUUACUCAUCAAUGGGUAUAUAAAAGUUGUUGCGCUAGCUACCCCAGGAUGCUGUGGCUACUCAGGAGUCCUCAUGUCAAGACCUGCCAUCUCAUUGACUCUUUAACCUUAUGGUUUUGUUUUGCAUUAGGUAUAUCAUGUAGUUUAAGUGUUGUUGUGAUUAUAUUUUAAGUUCUUUGUCUUCAUUAUUAUCCCUAGACAUUUGUUGGUUGUUUCGAUUGUUCUGUGAGUUACAUUUUAUAAUAAAUAUUUUGC